AUGCAAGAGCUACUAUGCCAACGUCCACCAGAUCUCGCUCUUCCUGGUGAAAUGCUAGCCGAUAUCGACGCUGUCAUCAAAUACCAUAACAGCCACAAUCUCCUGACCUCGUCGAAAUCAUUCUCCCCCGGCGCGAUUUUCAGAACUAGCCCCAACCCAGGAGAAACCAAAUCCAUAAGUCUGUCCGUCUGGAAAGGCGAUAUCACAGCUCUCACAGACGUCACAGCAAUCGUCAAUGCCGCGAAUUCCCAGCUCCUGGGAUGCUUCCGUCCAGAGCACCGAUGCAUCGAUAACAUCAUCCACGCAGCUGCAGGUCCUCGGCUUCGCGAUGCCUGUCACGCCAUCAUGCUUGACCAGGGGCAUCUCGAGCCUGUGGGUUCCGUUAAGGUGACCCCGGGUUUUAAUCUUCCUGCAUCGUAUGUUCUCCAUACGGUUGGUCCGCAGCUGAACGGCAGACAAGAGCCCAGCGAACGACACGAGAGACAGCUAGCAGAUUGCUACACGUCUUGUCUGGACGCAAUGGAGGCUCUCCCAUCACUCCCAGAUGGCCGCAAGGUCGUUGUUUUCUGCUGUAUCUCCACGGGGCUGUUCGCGUUCCCAUCUGACCUGGCGGCGAGGAUCGCCUUAAAUGCUGUGGUGGAGUGGUGUUCCAUGAACCCAGCCACGACGGUGACGGACAUUGUUUUCGAUACAUUCCUCGAGAAGGACUGGGUCUUGUAUAGAGACAAUAUCCGUUCACUGCAUCAACAUCCAAAUAUCACUGUCUCAGACUUGAUCCCACCCACAAAGCUCCUCGAUCCCGUCAUCACCCCGGCCGUAUCGCAGGCCCGCGAAUGGCUCCAAAACGCAGGCUACCUACUCAUCACAGCCGGCGCCGGUCUCUCCGCAGCCAUCGGCCUCGACUACACCUCGCGAGACCUCUUCGCAAAGCACUUCCCUGCAUUCCAACCCCUCGGCCUCAGCCGCCUCUACGACGUCUUCGGCUUCCAGGGCUGGAAAUCCACGAAGCAAAAAUGGGGAUACUAUUUCCUCCACCUCAACAUGGUCCGAGCCUGGCCUCAAUCCCCACUCUACACCCGCCUGCUCAAACUUGCAGAGCAAUUCGACUCCCGGUACUUCGUGCGCACGUCCAACGCAGACGGACUGUUCGUGGCAAAUGGCUUCCCCGAGGAUCGAGUGUCCACGCCACAAGGCCAGUAUCGGUUCCUGCAGUGUUUGGCUAAAUGUCGACCCGAUGCGAUGUUUGAGUCCGAGCCAUUCGUGGACGCCGCGCUGCCGCUCAUUGACCCGAUCACGCAGUCCUUAACGGACAAGGAGAAGAUUCCCCGGUGCGAGUACUGCGGAGGGGAAUUGACGCUGUGCGUGCGCGGUGGGGAGUAUUUCAACGCGCGGCCGUUCCGCGAGCAGGAGAGGAAAUAUAGACAGUUCGUCUCUGAUGCGUCGCAAGCGCUUGACUUGCAUCACAGUAACAGCACGCAAGAGAAAUGGGAACAAAAAGAGCAAAAAAGAAAUUCGAAAACUGUUUCCGACACGGGGAAUCGAACCCCGAGCUGCCGUGUGAGAGACGGCGAUGUUAACCAUUACACCAUAUCGGAUGUGGUUGUUGAAAGGGAGAUGCAGAUAGUGAUUCUUGAACUUGGGGUUGGUCUAAACACGCCGGGAGUGUUGCGAUGGCCCAACGAGGAAUUGUUGGAAGCGUCGCCAAGUCGACGCUUCCGGUUGAUUCGCGCAGGCAUUGGGGCUUCUGCAUGUGUUCCGUGGGAGUUGGAGGAACAGGGCUUGGCGGUGGGGCUGGCGGGCGAUUUGAAUGGGGUGUUGCAUGCGUUGGUGAGUUGA